AUGAUUAGAUAUACAAUUGACCAACUUUAUGAAAUCCGUUUAGCUUCAAUCGAUUUCAAACUUGAUUCUAAUAACCAAGAAAUUUUAUCUAAUUUUAAUGAGUUGAUCAACAAUCUUAAAAAAAAAUUAAAAACCUUUCCCCAAAAGAAAAUCAAUAAAAAAAUCCCCUCCGAUGACUCAAACGAUUUUAUUGACCACCCAAUUCCUCCCUCAAAUUUAAACUCUUUCCAAAGAAGAAGGUCUUCUCGUCAUGAUAAUAAACCCUUUUUCAAAAAAAAUUUGCUCCAAAAUAACACUUUUAUCAUCAAUAAUCAUCCUCAUCCUCACCCUCAUCCUCACCCUCAUCCUCAUCCUAAUAACAACCCUCACCCUCAUAACAAUUCAAAUGACUCGAAUAAAAUUGAUACACCUAAUAGUACCGAUCUGUCUGAAAGUGAUUCAAUUCAUAACCAAAAUCAUCCCUCUCAUCCAAACCACAACAACUAUCAUAUCCAAAAUCAAACUCAAAAUCACAAUCAUAAUCACAAUUACAACCAUAAUCAUAACCAUAACCACCAAAAAGUCGACUCUCAAGGCUGGGUCACCUUGAAAAAUAGAAAAAAAUCAUUUGGAAAUAAUCUUACUAAUAAUGAUGAAAGGGAUAAAUUUAGAAAAGAUUUCCAAUCUUCAAUUAAACAAAAACCAAAACUAAAUAAUAAAAAUUUAUCAUCAAAUAAACCUGCCGAUUUAGCAGACGCAAUUGCUGAAAAACCUUCUUUAAAAUUUAACGCUUUUAGUGCUCUUGGUGAUGAUGAAGACAUUUAA